GUGUCUGUAUGUGCAUUUGUCUCUCUGUACCUGCCGCUGUGUUGAUGUAUGUUUAGCCUCUCUCUCCCGAGUCAGGCACUAAGGGCCGUUCAUCUGGGGAACAUGUUCAGCCUUAUCAAACUUCAGCGUGUCUUCACUGUGCACCAGGUGCCCAAAGCAUUUCACGAGGACGGCAUCAUCUCUGGAUAUCGACACCCUCGUAGUUCGGCCACAGACUGUGUGUUGAGUCUCUUUCAGCUCACCAAUGAGACCCUCAAUGUCUGGACUCACUUUCUACCAACCUGUAAAACACGUUCACUUAGAUAUUAGGUUCUGUAGUUUCCAGGUCAGCUACUGUGUGUAGAAACGAUGCAAGCAAUUGUCCUUUUAGCCUUUCUGUGGAAAAGAAUUGAAACAGUCAUAAGAUGAAAAAUGUUGAUUCCAGCAACAGAAAACUUAAUGUAUUUUCUCUGGAAGUUGAUGACAGUGUUGUUGAUGGAGGAUGCGUGGUAUGAUGCAUACACGUGGCCUCUGCUGGUCUUCUUGUUCUCCUGCUGUGUGUAUCCAUUGGCCUCCAGCUGCGCCCACACCUUCAGCACCAUGUCUGCCCGCGCUCGCCAUAUCUGCUACUUCUUUGACUAUGGAGCGCUCAGCCUGUACAGUCUCGGUUCAGCGAUCAGCUACUCUGCGUAUGUUUUUCCUGACGCAUGGGUGAACAGCACAUUUCAUGCAUACUACAUUCCUGUAGCUGUACUAAACACCAUACUCUCAACCAGCAUGGCCUGUUACUCCAGGGUCGGCUUACCAUUUCUUCACUAUAAGCAUGACAUCGAUGAAAGAUUCUCGGAGAGACAGAGCCCACGGCUGAGUAAAGUGUUGCGAAUUUUUGCCUUUGCCUACCCUUACCUGUUUGACAACAUUCCUCUCUUCUACAGGUUGUUUCUGUGUGUAGGCGAGAGUUGCACUGAUAAUGAAGCAAACUCCAUUCAUGUUCACCAUACGUUGCUUGCUUUUCUGACCGGCUUUCUGUUUUCAACACACUUACCCGAGAGACUGGCACCUGGAUGCUUUGAUUACAUAGGCCAUAGCCAUCAACUGUUUCACGUGUGUGGAAUAAUUGGGACACACUUCCAGAUGAAGGCCCUUGAAGCUGACAUGGUGUUGAGACAGUCACAGCUGCUGGUCACUGCUCCUCCUAUCACAUUUAAUAACACAGUUGGAUCAGCUCUGGUCUGUGUCUGCAUCAGUCUGGGGAUCAUAUGUCUUUAUAGUGUACCUCUGCUGUACGGCUCCCCAGAAACACACCCAACAAAAACUGAAGGAAAGAAAUGCAAGCAUUAAAAGCUCCUUGAGACAGGAGGUCUCUGAAGGAUUAAUUGCAGUCUUGCACAAGUUACUAAAGUUAUUAUGAAAAUAUAUCUAGGACGUUCUUACUGGAUAUUACGUUAUAAAAUAUCCCCAAGAGGGGUUUGUAUGUUUACUGAAGCUAUGCAACCUGAAAUUGCAAAGAGUAAUGAAUGCGUUACUGCAUGAAUUCUGCUUCUCAGGGAAGAGCAAAAAAGGGCACUGAGUCUCAGGACAAUGUAAGUCAGUGGGAGGGUGUGUCAACGUGGUCUUUUUUUAUGGUGUAUAGAAACACGUUUAUUAAAUGUACAUACAUUUACAUAACCAUCACACUUUAAUACAUAAACUCAAAUUGGUGAUUAUUUCGUCAGUUCAACAUGAUCCAUCCAGUUUUUUUACACUAUAUAUUAGAGCAUGCAUUUGGAAUGAACUAAUUCAGUUGAAUGAAUCAGACUUUUCUAUGCUACAAACGAGAGAGUAGACCGUUUGGGACGAAACCGAUUCUCUUGAAUGAAUCAAUAUUUCCUACACUACAUUGUUUGGAAUGAACUGAUUCACUAGAAUGAACUACAUACUGUAUGAAAGGACCAUUUAGGAUAAACCAAUUCACUAGAAUGAAUCUGACUUUCCAACAUUAGCACUUUCAAUUUUAAGACAUUUGGUCAUAAUCUUAGGACAUAAUACUCAACUCAAAAAUGAUACACAGCUAAAAAAAUGAAAAUUUGCUGUUAACUUGCGGUUUAGCCUCAAGCCAUCCAAGAUGUAGAGUAAAGAAGAUUUUUGGCUGAAACUAUCAUCCUUGUUGAUUCAUAAAAUGCAAGUAAAUGGCUAUCAUCACUUGGCAGCAAAUGGAGUGACGGGUAUUAAUUUUGUGAUGACUGUAUAUGCUUUUUUUUUUUUUUUGACUCAAGUGAUGGUAGGCGUUGCAUUUUAUGAUUCACCAAGGACCAUGGUUUCAGCUAAAAACCUUCUUUACUACUGAAGAAAAAAAGUCACCCAUAUCACGGAUGGUCUAAGGUCGAAACAGCAAAUUUUUGGAGAUUAUGACCUUAAAAUUAAAUUAAAAUGCGCUCCACUAUUUCAUUCAUACAUGGUCCUAUUUCUUUUAUGUACAGACAAACAUCUCAACAAAUGAACUAGCACUGUUAAAUAAAUAUAUGCAGAAUUACCUGUGUGCACAGUCUGCCAAAGCCCACAGUGACAGCUGUUGUAUAUUCUACUUAUUUCUUUUCUGUAAAACUGCACCACUUUUUUCCUGUGGUGUCAACAAAGAGUGUGGGAUGUAUUACUUUUUUCAUAACAGCAGGUCACACCUAAAAUGAAACUAUUUAUUGUUUGCAUGAUUCUUUGUAAUAAAAUAUUUAGAUCUAAUCAA